GGGGUUUCGGGAGAGAAGUAGCGUCUGUCUCUCACGGGCGCAUUGCCUCGCCUAUUGUUUGUUCAAACUCGUGUAUAUACCCAUUCCCCCCUUUCACGCGGAUACACGUUUAAAGGAAAAAAACGUUUAUGGUCCUGGCUGAAGAUUUCACGAUGUCUCGCACCGACGAGGUUCACCGCAUGACGGAAAAUGUCUAUAAGACCAUCAUGGAGCAGUUCAACCCCUGCUUACGGAACUUUGUUGCCAUGGGGAAGAACUAUGAGAAGGCCCUUGCCAAUGUGACAUUUGCUGCCAAGGGCUACUUUGAUGCUCUGGUCAGAAUGGGUGAACUGGCCAGUGAGAGUCAAGGAUCCAAAGAUUUAGGGGAUGUGCUGUUCCAGAUGGCUGAGGUCCACAGACAGAUCCAAGUGCAGCUAGAGGAGAUGUUGAAAUCCUUCCACAACGAGCUGCUCUCUGAGCUGGAGAAGAAGGUGGAGCUGGAUGCUCGUUAUCUGACUGCUGCCCUGAAGAAAUACCAGGUGGAACACAAGAGCAAAGGGGAGAGUCUGGAGAAGUGCCAGGCUGAACUGAAGAAGCUGCGCAGGAAGAGCCAGGGCAGCAAGAACCCCUCUAAGUACGGAGAGAAGGAGAUGCAGUUUGUGGAGACCAUCAGCAGUAAGCAGACUGAGCUGGACACCUUCAUAGCUGAGGGAUACAAGACAGCCUUGUCUGAGGAGCGUCGCAGGUACUGCUUCCUGGUGGACCGCCAGUGUGCCGUGGCCAAGAACAGCAGCGCCUACCAUGGCAAGGGCAAAGACCUUCUGACCCAGAAGAUUCCAGUGUGGCAACAGGCUUGCUCAGACCCCAACAAGCUGCCAGAGAGGGCCAUGCUCCUUGCCCAGCAGAUGGGCUCUGCCGCCCUUGGGGGCACAAGCCCCCUGCACACCUCCAAAUCCAACCUGGUCAUCUCAGACCCUAUCCCCGGGGCCCAACCUCUUCCUGUACCCCCAGAGCUGGCUGUCUUUAUGGGCAGUGGCCUGGGACACCCAGCGAGGCUGAUGGGCCCUGAUGGUAUGUCCAUGGUCAAUGGGACAACAGGAGUCCACGGGGAGGAGUAUUGGACGGAUGGAGGGACUAUGUCAGUGUCCCAAGUCAGGCCUUCAUCCCCUCAGACCCAAGCGCAGGGCCAGUCCCAGGCUCAGCCCCAGAGACAGGUCAGCGACGUCUACUCCAACACCCUCCCUGUCCGCAGGCCUGCCCCCGCCAAGAACAAGAACCCCGUGGGAGAGACACGGACCCUGCCCAGGUCCAGUUCCAUGGCAGCAGGCCUGGAAAAGAACGGGCGUUCCCGUGUCCAGGCAAUAUUCUCCCACGCUGCAGGUGACAACGGCACCCUGCUCAGCUUCUCUGAGGGAGAUGUCAUCACCCUGCUAGUGCCUGAAGCCCGCGAUGGCUGGCACUAUGGGGAGAAUGAGAAGAAUAAGAUGCGCGGCUGGUUCCCAUUUUCCUACACACGUGUGCUCCCUGAGAGCGACAAUGAGAAGCUCAAAGUGAAUCUGCACCAUGGGAAAAGUAGCAGCACAGGGAACUUGUUGGAGAAUGAUGGAUCACUGCCCACACCUGACUAUGGCCUGACCGCCCGACUGCUUGCACAGAGCCUAGCACAGACCCGCCCACGCCCCUACAGCAUGGCAGGCUUCGGCACACAGCCUGCUAUUGAGGAUUAUGACGGCCGCUUUGCCACAAGUUUGGGUCCAGAAUUGUCCCGGUUCUGAGGGAACAGGACCUCCUGACCGUUCCCUGGAGGUCUACCUCCGGCCCACCUUCAUUGAUGACCGAUCUGCACCCAUCUUCUACUAGCGGCCUGCUGUCCCCCUUUGUCCACUAAUGGGCCCUUUUGAAGGGGAGAAAGGAAAAAUGCUAACAUUGACAUGUUUGAGCUGUAUGAUGUUAACACAAGAGGGCCCAGAAGUGUGAUUGGGGGGGGGGGUUCACCUCAAGGAACAUGUUACACUAAGAAUAUAGUUUCUCUGCCGUGGAAAUUCACUCAGAGAAUUUCCGGUUAAUCCUCGAUGUUUUUGCAAACAUUUCCACAAACAUUGAAUGUUUCAGCCUGAACAUUCUAGUGCAAGUGUGACAGUAGAUUUUAUUAGUUCUUCUCUAGAUCACACGAGGUGUGGUUAAGGUGUGGCUAAUAGGUUUUUACAAGUGAUGCAGUCACAUUGUUAUUAUUUAUCUGCACUUCUACUAUGGGAUUUCAGUUUUUCUUCAACACUAUACACUGUAAAUUUAAUUUGAGGAUUAUUUACAUUAAUGGGCAGUGAAGGCACACGCUGCAUUAGUUGUUUUAAGUGCGGCUUGAGGGUGAAUGUAAGAUGGUCAUAACGGUUUUCAGUGCAUCACUGUAAUAUGCACUGAAGACAAAGUGUAGAUUUGAUACUGCCACAGAUAGCUAGCACUGAACAGUUCUUGAGUAUAAGUCUGCUUUUGUUAAGUGAUAUAGUACUAUAUAUUUACUAGUUGUGAUACAGUAUACCCACAUUUUCAAUGUGGGAACUGUGCCUUUCUUCUGUUUUUUUUUUUUUUUUGGUUUGUUUUUUAAACAUAUGCUUCAUGCAGCAUUGACCCAAUCAUUAUGUAAACUGGUUUGAGGGCAUAUGCAUCAGUUUAACUUGUAUUUUUUAUAUUCCUGAAAAUAUAAGUGGGAUUAUUUCAAUAUUUGUGUUGGUUGCUUAAUGUCAAGAUUUUUUUUUUGUCCUCUUUAAUUCUUUUGCUUAGCAAGCUCCAGUACAGUGCAAUUGCAAUUCCACCAAAAUAAUACAAUAUGUUGAAUUGCUGUUCUUUCCUUUGCUUUAAAUUUCAGUAAUAUCUAAGCUGCCAGAUAGCCAAGAGAUGAAAUACAGUGCAUACAUAAUGGGUCUUUUUUAUAUAUACAUUUGCUUUGAGGGAGUGGUAGCUUAUCAGAUAAGGUACAGUAUUAUCAUAGCUUUUGAUUCUCAGUAUUAUACAUUCAUCUGAGAGAGAAAAGCUUAGAACAGAGGCAUUUAUAACUGUAUGUGAUGGAAAAGCAAUGUGUAAAUGAGCUGAAAUGCCUCUUAGACUGCAAUAAAUCAACAGUUACAUAAUGAAAAGUAAAUUUUCCAUGGGUGAGUCCUUUACACUGAGUGGUAUGAUCAGGCUUUUAUUACACAGCUCAUUUGGGCAGCAAAAUGCAUUUUUUACUUUUUAUAUAGCUUUCCAUUUUGUCCAUUUGUCACUCUUGUCCCUGUUUGUAUUAUAUCUGUACUGUACAGAAAGUGCAUAUAAAUUAUCUUGUCCAAAAUAAAUCUAAAUGGGCACAAACCUCA